CACCUCGAUUCACUUCUUUUCUCCGCAUUAACAGGGCGAACAACAAUUCCGCUAACUCCUUUUACUCUAUGAAUUAAGAGUUUUAGAAAGCGCUCGCCGCACCGGCUUUUCCACAACCUUGGAAGCGGCAGGAUUGUUCUUCAAGAGAAAAAAAAUCCUUAGAGGGAAGGGAAGAGCUAGGCUAUUGAGCGCAUCGUCAGGGAGUGCAGAGUCCGAAAUGGCAGACAAGGAGUGGGAGGGCGACUUCGAUCCAAUGGCGGACCCGGAGGAGCAGAAACAUAUCCUAUCAGUACUAGACUCCUUCCGGUCCUACCGCCGCCUAGCGCACUUUAACGGCACGCAUGUUCGACGCCAAGCCUUCUACUCUCUCCCCUCCGAGCAUUGGACCCUCCUUUCCAAACCGCCCUUCUCCAUCCUCGACUCCCUCUCCAAACUUGACGACCUCAUCGACUCCAAUGCCGAGCUCGCAGAAGCCAUAUUCCGGGAGGGCUUUCAAGCCUUCAUCGCUCCAGGACUGGACAGUGAGUGGGUAGCGAGCAUCGUGCCUCCGAAGUAUGCACACAACGAGUACCAGAUCUAUUCGAUUAUUAUGGAUCAUCUGAACGCUCAAGCUACGCAGACGGAUCUGGAGAAGGCGAGGAGCUGCGUGCAUCAGUUCUACAGGGAGUGGAGCGCGGAAGGGGCUGUGGAAAGGGAGAAGUGCUUCAAUCCUAUCCUCAACACACUGAUGCAAGAAUUCGCUGCGCGAUUGCGGACCUCUCCUGAGAUAGACAAGUCCGACGUCAAAGUCCUCGUCCCGGGCGCAGGCCUAGGACGUCUCGUCUUCGACAUCUGCCGCUCGGGCUUCUCCGUGGAAGGGAACGAAAUCUCUUAUCAUGAACUCAUGGCUUCCGCUCUCAUCCUCAACCACACGCAGAAAGUUGGAGAGUUCAAGAUCGCUCCCUUCGCGCUCAACUGCUCCAACCACCUCAGUCGCGCCGACCAGUUCAAGACGUAUGACAUCCCGGACAUUCAUCCUGGGAGCGAACUGAUGCGCGAAGUGGACGGGGAGAAGGUCCUGGCGCAUGAGCGAAUGAGCAUGUCAACAGGAGACUUUUGUGUGCUGUACAGCCAGCCCGAUUCGAGAGAGUCGUUCGAUGUGGUGACCACAGUGUUCUUCAUUGACACGGCGCCGAACAUCAUUCGAUAUAUCGAAGCUGUGAGAAAUUGCCUCAAAUCGAAUGGUAUCUGGAUAAAUCUCGGACCGCUGUUGUGGCACCACGCAUCACGUCUUCAGUGCUCCGGAGAGGAGAGCGAAGAGAAGAAUAGCAGCCCGCAUAAGCACGCUGAUACUGGCAUUGCAGACCCCGGAUCCGUCGAGCUGACGGACGAGGAAGUCGUAGCGCUGGUGCAGCAUUUCGGUUUCGUCAUGGAGAGGCACGAGCCGGGCACGGUUGAUACGGGAUAUAUUUCGAACCCGAGGAGCAUGCUACAAAACACGUAUCGCGCAUCUUUCUGGGUUGCGCGGAAGAAAUAAAGCCACCAACACAAUCCCUCGUUUGUGCUCUCUACUUGUUGUACCUUGUUGCAUAGCCACCGUAUCUUCUAACUCCUUCCUUUCACGCCACAGAGCCCUUACUGAAAGCGCUUAGCCUCCUCCUUGAACUUCCGCGCGGGCACACCCUCCAGGAACAGAUGAUCUAGCGUCUCUUGAGUUAGCCCUUUGGUCUCUGGAAGCCUGAAGUACGUCCAAGCGACUAAGAUCGCGGUGAAUACAGCAGCUGGAAAAGCCGCCUUCCCCUUCAGAUUGCCCUCUUUCGG